AUGCUUUCGGGGAUCCGAUUCGGAGCCCACAUAAAACGGGUCUUCUUCACAGCCUCCACAAUGCUGGAGGGGAGAAACAUGAUAAACAAAUCUACUUUUUCAAAAAUUGAAGAAAACAGCGAAACGAAGAAUACAGAAUCAGAAAAAGGAAGAGCCACAAUAAUCUUCUCCCUUAAGAAUGAAGUUGGAGGAUUGGUGAAAGCACUUAAACUUUUCCAAGAAAACCAUGUGAACUUAGUCCACAUAGAAUCCAGAAAGUCAAAGAAACGCAACUCAGAAUUUGAAAUCUUUGUCGACUGUGACAGCAACAACGGACAACUGAGCGAAAUCAUUCAGCUACUUCGAAACCAUGUAAAUGUGGUUGAAAUGGAUCCUCCUGAUAACUCCUGCAUCUCUGAAGAGGAAACAUACAACGUACCCUGGUUUCCAAAGAAGAUUUCAGAUCUGGACAAAUGUGCAAAUCGUGUGCUAAUGUAUGGAUCUGAGUUGGAUGCAGACCAUCCGGGUUUUAAGGACAAUGUUUACAGAAAGAGGAGAAAACAUUUUGCAGAUCUCGCAAUGUCUUACAAACAUGGAGAUCCCAUUCCUUGUAUUGAAUUCACAGAAGAGGAGGUCAAGACUUGGGGGGUUGUAUACAGGGAGUUAAACCAGUUGUACCCCACCCACGCCUGUAGAGAAUAUUUAAAAAACCUGCCGCUGCUGUCCAAACACUGUGAAUGUCGAGAAGACAACAUCCCUCAGCUGGAGGACGUAUCACGGUUUCUCAAAGAGCGCACUGGAUUCACUAUCAGGCCUGUAGCCGGUUACCUUUCUCCUCGAGACUUCCUCGCUGGUUUGGCCUUCAGGGUUUUUCAUUGCACUCAGUAUGUGCGCCACAGUUCAGAUCCGUUAUACACUCCUGAGCCGGACACAUGCCAUGAGUUGUUGGGUCAUGUCCCACUGCUGGCUGAGCCCAGCUUUGCCCAGUUUUCUCAGGAGAUUGGCCUAGCUUCUUUGGGCGCAUCAGAUGAAUCCGUUCAGAAACUGGCAACUUGUUAUUUCUUCACGGUGGAGUUUGGCCUAUGCAAACAAGAGGGCCAUUUGCGAGCCUAUGGAGCAGGUCUACUGUCAUCCAUCAGUGAGCUUAAACAUGCACUUUCCGGUAAUGCAAGAAUACUGUCUUUUGAUCCCAAAGUUACAUGCAAUCAAGAAUGCAUUAUCACAACAUUUCAGGAUGUCUACUUUGUGUCAAACAGUUUUGAAGAGGCCAAAGUCAAAAUGAGGGAAUUUGCCAAGACUAUUAAGCGGCCAUUCUCUGUGCGGUACAACCCCUACACCCAGAGUGUGGAUGUUCUGAAAGACACAACAAGCAUCAACAGCGUGGUGGAGGAGCUUCGGCACGAGCUUGACAUUGUUGGAGAUGCCCUGAACCGGCUCAACAAGCAGCUGGGUGUCUAA